AUGCUUCAACGACCUAUUAUUGUCUUUUCCGAAGAUGUCAUUCGAAAUAAAUACGGUGAAGCAAUUUCAAUCAAUGAUUUGCUGGGAAUCUAUCUACCGAUUUUGUGUUCAUCGAGCGAAUGUGUUCGUGAACCUAUUGUCUUGGCCUAUGACCAGUCGCAUUUUUGUCCAUUACAAAUGAGCGAUGAAGAAUAUCGAAUUUCGCCAACAACCAAGCGUAAAUACGAGCUUGAAAACUUAAUUCCACUUUAUCAAUCAAUUGAUGAAGCACACCGACAGAAUCUCUUGCCUGUUCAUUUCCUGAAAAAUGACAUCGCACCAGAACAAACGAAACAGUUGCUUCAUGAUUAUCUACAAGUGAAAACAAUCUAUCUUCGUAAAGACAGAACUCUCAUGGAUAUACCGAUUGAUUGUGCUCAGCUUGGCACCACAAAUCUUGAGCCACGUAAAAACUUUUUCAUGUUGUAUCAAAGAUAUAUGGUCGACUUUUAUGAAACACGAAAAAAGGAAAUGCAAAUGAAAACAGUUGCAGAAGAGCGUGAAGAAAAACAAAAGCAGCAACAUCGCUCUACCUCUAUUCAACGAUCCCCUAGAAUAGACCCAUCUGCAUCGCCACGAACGCAAACUACGAUACCUUCGUCAUCACAUUCCGACACCAUUAAGGAACCAAGCAGUAAGAAUACUACUAAUCCUGCGGUCAAUCUCGUUUUUGAACACAAAUCUUCAGACAACAGUUCUAUGACAAAUGUAGGAUUAUUAUUGAUAAACUCAUCAUCAUUAGCCGUUUAG